AUGUCUCUACCGCCAUCAGUUAUUCAUAUCAAGAGGAAAGCCACAGAUUUACCCCAAGAAUUCCUUCGUGUUGAUGAUGCUGUUGCAAAACGACAACGUCGGACAACUAAUUUUGUUUAUUCAAGACAACAAACACUGCAAGUCGAUAGUGAUACUUCCACUCCUCAAUCAGCCCCACCAGGAAGGCGUAUUAAACCUUUACAUCGCUCCACAAGCUCUCGGUCGUUAGCCAUCAAAACACAAGGAAAGAGCGAAGGAAUCAUCCAACCAAUCAAUGAAGUCAAUAAUGAAGAUCAAGUCGCCAAAGCUCAUCCUUCAACUGCCAGUAUCCCUGCGGAACAAGAUAGUGGACCACCUUCAGGCAGUGAACGCCCAUCGAGUAGCGGAAGCACGAAGAAAGCGGCUCAGCAACGACGAUUCCAUCUUUCGAGAAAUGCAACACCAGCACUCCCCCCAGGUCCAAGUAGUGGCGUACGAAAACGCAAUGCUACUGUCUUCAUCGAACGUCGUGUGCGACAGAAGACUCAAGAAGAGAAAUGGACAUCUGUAGCUAACGCUGCUAUAAAAUCAGAGAAUGUUGCUACCGAGAAGCAAGACCAAGAGGAAAGACCCCAGAAAAAACCAGGUCGAGGAUCUAGAAUACAAGUAGCACCUGCGAAAGAUGUGAAGGAUACGAAGGACAUCACAGCACCUCAAUCAACGCCACCUUCGGCACUAGUCAAUCCUUGGGGUCUUGAUAUAGAUGACUUGGCAGCACAGAUGCAAGCUUAUACACUACAAGAAAUCGGACGCAGCAUUGCAGAAUCCAAAGCAUCAGAACCUGAACCUGUACCUGUACAAGCAUCUUUCCGCAAGCCGGCAUCGUCUAGGUUCAAGCCCAAGAAGCCAGUUCUUCGCUACAAAGAACGUCAUCCCGAGGAAAAUGACAUGGAAAUCGAUCAGGGACAAAUUUCUGGAGUUGAGACUGACGAAGACAUGGAUACUGAUUCCGAGUAUAUCAUUGAAACAUAUAUUCGUGUUCCUGCUGAAGAUAUUGAUAACGAAGACAACAAAAUCACUUUCGGUAUUCUCGUACUUGACGCUCAAUCCGACAUUGAUGAAUUUUAUCAAGAUUGGGAUACUGAUGAAGAAGUAGAAGAUGAAGCUGAAGAAGAUGAAAAUGACGAAAACCACUACACAGCUGAUUACCCCGAUGCGGAAGUCGACUCAGACGACGAGUAUAAUAGAAAUGCAUAUGCGUAUCGUACAGGUAACGCAUCGGAUCUCGAAGAAUUUGAUGAGGAUGAGGAUGAUAGUGAUGAGGAUGAGAUGGGCUUUAGUGAUGAUGAAACUGAUAAGUUGAAAUAUCCUUGGUCGAAAGUGGGCGCGCAUAGGCGAAAGGAUAUAAAUGAGUUUGCAAGUGGUAAUGAAGAUGAUGAUGAGGAUGAUGAGGACAUGGAGUAG